AUGGAGCUGGCCCCGCGCCGCUGCCCCGCCGGGCGGCCCCUGCGGCGCUGGCGCCGGCGGGCGCUGGCGGCCGGGCUGCUGGGAGCCGCCGCCGCCCUGGCCCUCUACGCCUGCCUGCCCGAGCCGGCGGCGGCCCCGCGGGUGGCGGCGGGAGGCCGGGGCGGCGGCGAGGUGGACGUUCUGCUGUGGUGGGAGCCCUUCGGCCGCCCCCGGCGCAUGGCGGACUGCCGGCGGCGCUACAACAUCACGGGCUGCCGCCUCAGCGCCGACCGCAGCCGGUACGGGCAGGCGCAGGCCGUGCUCUUCCACCACCGCGAUCUGGCCCUGCACGGCCCCGAGGGGCUGCCCCGCGGGCCCCCGCCGCGGCCCCCGCGGCAGCUCUGGGUGUGGAUGAACUUCGAGUCGCCGUCGCACUCGCCCGGUCUGCGGGGACUGGCCGGCAUCUUCAACUGGACCAUGUCCUACCGGCGGGACUCGGACGUCUUCGUGCCCUACGGGUACCUCUAUGCCCCGCCGGUGCCCCGGCCCUUCGUCCUGCCCCGCAAGACGCGGCUGGUGGCCUGGGUCAUCAGCAACUGGAACGAGGAGCACGCCCGGGUGCGGUACUACCGCCAGCUGAAGGAGCACCUCGCCAUCGACGUAUACGGGGCACAGGGGCUGGCGCUGGCCGAGGGCGGUGUGGUGGAAACCAUCUCGGCCUACAAGUUCUACUUGGCUUUUGAGAACUCCCAGCACACCGACUACAUCACGGAGAAGCUCUGGAGAAACGCCUUCGCUGCCAGCGCCGUGCCCGUCGUGCUCGGCCCUCGUAGGGCCAACUACGAGCGCUUCAUCCCCGCCGACUCCUUCAUCCACGUCGACGACUUCCCCAGCCCUCGGCUGCUGGCCACCUACCUGAAGUUCCUUGAUAAAAGCAAACCCAACUACAGGAGGUAUUUUGCUUGGAGGAAGAAGUAUGAGGUCCACGUCACUUCGUUCUGGGACGAGCAUUUGUGCAAGGUUUGCGAGGCUGUCAGGGCAGCCGGGAAUCAAGUCAAGAGUGUACGAAAUCUGGCCAGCUGGUUUGAAAGCUGAUGUUCCCGGAGGCUUUCCUGACCAGGCUGUGCCAGCAGCAGACUGUGCCAAGCAUCGGGAAGGAUGAGCCUUGCAAAGAGGUGGAACACAGAAGGCUGUGUCACCAGAGAAGCACACAGGUACAGGUACACAAGCUGUGGAAAGCCUACAAAAGGAAGCUUUUUAUUAAAGUACAAAAUUAUGAAAGUGCAAAGAGACAUAAGGCAAGAAGAUUCUUCAAGAGCAAAGUUAAAUUCCCAGAAGCUGUACAGAUCUGAAAAUUUUACAGUUAUGCUUAGCUUGAUAUAAAUAACCAAUGCCAAGUUCUUCAGCCCUACAGCUGGAACCCAUUUUGUCAGCUUUGACAGCUUCCUGGACCGUGAAACUUUCUUCUGCUUGCAGGGGAUGCAUGAUCAGUGCUGGCUUUCUGUGCUCUGAAGACAAAAGCAAACGUUUUAUAACAGUGCUUAUUCUGAUGUGUGUGAAAGCUAUUUGCAGAAAAACUCUGAGCCGCAAGUGUUGAAUGUAAGAAUGUAGUGAUACAGUAGCACUUUUAAAGCAAUGUUUGAAAUUGCAGCAGCCAACUAACAAAGCUUUGAGCCAAAUAAUAAUUCCAUGUAGGAAAAAUGUAUGGAGGGGACUGGAUCCAAUCGGAACAAACAGCUGAUACAGAGUAUUUAUUCCACUGCCUACCAGCACCACAGUCACAUUUAUCCUUUAUGGAAGUGGAGAAUAGCUUUAAGUACAGGGAAGACUAGUAAAAAGAGUUGAAAAAUUUCCACCCUCCUUUUUUUCAGGAAUUAGAAAAUGUUUACAGGUAUCAGCAUGUUUUUCUCUGCAAAAUUAUUGUCAUAUAGGAAAAAGCAGAGAAAAGCUCAGAACUACAGGGUUUUUAUAAUUUCAUUGACUAUGUAUGAAGAAAGGCUAACUUAUAUCUCUGCUAUCAUUAGAUUGUCCUGUUGUGUAGUGAUUGUUUUGGUUAAUGGCACACAUUUUUAAAAAAUCUGCUGGGUGACAAUCUGCUCACAAUGUCAGUUUGCAGUUCAUGAAAUAAUAGUUAAAUAAACAAACAAAAAAGCCCCUGAAACUCAAGUCCCAAAUCACUGCCUUUCAAAAAGAAAAUUAGGAUAGAGAAUAAGAUCUAGAUUGUUGGUAAAAUACAGAUUGUGUGAGGAAGUAUUAUAAAAAGGGAGAGAUUUGGUUUUCCUUGGUUUUGAGUUUUUUCCAGCUCAUUUCUUUUUAAUCAAUAAAUUAGUUCCUAAGAUAAAAUUUUCUUCUUUAAGUGCCAACUGGGAACAUGUACGAUAGUUUCUUCAUUUCAGACUCAGCCGUUUUGCAGGAAUAAGAUCUUCGCGGUAGUCAAUGUGUGGUUAUUUCUUGGUUACUUGUAUCUAGUAUGGCUAAAUCCAGAAAGAAACUUCAGUUGCAAUUACUCAUCCUCAGGAAGCUGAGUCCUCUCUGCCUUUGGCAACUGUAAUACUUGGUGGCAAAAAAGCUAUAACCAGCCAGGGUCCUGCACAAAUGAUUAAGGGAUUGAUCCAGAUUCCACCUCAGGGGCUGGAUAAUCUAUGGAAAUAUGCAGAGAAUUCACUUGAAAUAGA